AGAUGACGUCGUAUCCGCGCGACUAAAAACGUACAUCGUACAACAGCGGCCUGUGUUUCCACUUGCGCGCUGUAAUUUUUCUCUUCGGUGGAGGAUUUGUCUCUAUAAUCCAUCACCAUCAUGAAACUAGUCAGAUUUUUGAUGAAACUCAGCCAUGAGACUGUGACCAUUGAACUGAAGAAUGGCACCCAGGUCCACGGCACCAUCACAGGUGUCGAUGUGAGCAUGAACACUCACCUGAAAGCGGUGAAAAUGACUCUGAAAAACAGGGAGCCCACUCAGCUGGAAUCACUGAGUAUCCGCGGUAACAACAUCCGCUACUUCAUUCUUCCGGACAGCCUCCCGCUGGAUACUUUGCUGGUGGACAUUGAGCCAAAGAUCAAGUCAAAGAAGAGGGAAGCAGUGGCUGGACGGGGGCGUGGAAGAGGACGAGGCCGUGGUAGAGGAAGAGGACGAGGCCGUGGCGGGCCAAGGAGAUGAUCAUCAGGCCCAACAUCUGCCGUCCUCAACCCCACUGUUUGUACAGGAUCUUUUUUUUUUUCUUUUUUCAGAUGGAGCGUUUUGUGAAUUUCCAUGUAUUUUUUGUUUUUUUCUCAUUUUGUACAUUAAAAUCCUUAAGAGGAGAA